AUGGCUGAUACAGAUGGCGAUAAGUUUCCGCUGCACACGGCUGCAAGAGAAGGCAGAGUCUCCGUUGCAGAAGGUCUGCUCAAGGACGACGACGGCAGAUAUCCCGUCCACUGGGCAGCUUCUUCCAACAGCUACGACAUUCUCCUCCUUUUAGCAAACCAGUCAAGCUUUGACCCAGAUAUUCAGGACGACAGCGGCUGGACUCCCCUCAUGAUCUCAGCCAGCGUUCAAAACAGCGAGCCAGCAUUAAAUCUCCUUCUCCAAAGGGGCGCCGAUGUCAACAUCAAGAAUAACAACGGUCAAACAGCCCUCCACUUCGUCGCCUCCAAAAAGAACCUCGACGUCGCCCGCCUCCUCAUCAGCUCCAAACCCCCAGCAUCAACCCGCGUCCGCGACCGCCGCGGCCAAUAUCCCAUCCAUCGCGCCGCGGCCGUCGGUUCCGUGCCAAUGGUGAUGCUUCUGCUGAAGAACAGGAGCCCCCUGAAUGCGACGGACAACGAAGGCUUCACUCCUCUUCAUCAUGCUGUCGCGGAGGGCCACGGAGACACUGCCGUCGCUCUUCUGAAAGAAGAGGCUGAUUUUACACUCAAGACUACCGAUGGCGAACUUGCUAUUGACUUGGCUCCAGACAAAGAGGUGCGCCAAUUCAUCAUUCAAGGCGCUGAACGAGAAGGCAUUCAGCUGGUCGAUUAG